ACCGACCGACGGGCUGCCCUUUUGUCUCCGCUGCGUGACCCCCCGCCCGGGAAAGGCCCCGGUGCGGGAGAGCGCGUCGCCUAGGACGCGGGCGAAGGGAGGCGCCUUGCGCGCCAAGCUAAGUGCAUGUGCGUCUGCCCAGCGCCUGGUUCCCGGAACGUCCAAGGUUGACACCCCAGCGGGGAGCACCGGGACCCCCCUAACGUAAGGAGUCCCCGCAGGACCGCCCCGUGCCCCCGAUCCUCCCCCGAGCCUUCCCAACCCAACCCGCCCCUGCUCAGGCUGCCAGCAGCGCGCCCGCCCAGUGCGCCCCCGCGCGCCAUGCCCAGUCUCCAGGCGCCGCGCGCUCGGGGUGUGCCAGCCUUCUAGCUUUCGGAGGAAUCCCUCGGAUCGAAGCCGCCCGCCUGGUUUUAGUCUGCCUGCGCCUCCCUGGUGCAGCCGGAGCAUCCUUUGACCCAAACCAAGCAUUGCGCCUUGGCAUUGCACCCUGGGAGUGAGCCCCAGAAGCUCUUUGGUUCCUCCCCAAGUUGGUCUUUUGGAGAGCUUACAGGACCCGGGACCUAUCCCCCUGGCAUUGCGUUGCGCUGCAUUGCAAAGGGUGCUCCUUCCAUUGCAGCUGAUUUGGGGUGAAGUUAGCUCCACGACCCAGGACCCAUUCCCCUGGCAUUGCAAGGGGGUGCUUCUUGCGUUGCAGCUUGUUUUUUUUUUUUUUUUGGUGAGCUCCACGGCCUAGGACUCAUUUCCCUGGCAUUGCAAGGGUUGCGCCUUGUCUUGCAGCCUUGACCACGUCGGUUCGGUUGGCUUUCCAGGACCUAAAGUUGCCCCUUUAGGGAGCUGCCCAGCUGCAAGAGGGCGCUGGGAAGGAAAGAAGAUAGGUGGGAGGCGUGGACCUGCCUGCCUGCCUGCUGCACCGCUUGCUCCCAAGGACGCUUUUGGACCAAGCUUUGGUUCCUGCGUACUUCUUCUUCUUCUUCUUCUGGGCCGAACCUUUGCCGGGCCAUCGGGCCGCAGCCACAAGCCCCGGAGGAGCCCCCCGGGCGCGGGGAGAAGAUGCGCGGCGGGGACUGGCCGACGCGGUCCUUGCUGCUGCUGCUGGGGUUCGUGCUGGCGAUGCUGAAAAACGGGGCGUCGCAGGCGUGCCCGGCGCAGUGCUCCUGCUCUGGGAGCACCGUGGACUGUCACGGGCUGGCGCUGCGCAGCGUGCCGCGGAAUAUCCCCCGCAACACCGAGAGGCUGGAUUUGAAUGGGAAUAACAUCACACGGAUUACCAAGACAGAUUUUGUUGGCCUUCGACACUUAAGAGUUCUUCAGCUUAUGGAGAAUAAGAUUAACACCAUUGAAAGAGGAGCAUUCCAGGAUCUUAAAGAACUUGAGAGAUUGCGUUUAAACAGAAAUCACCUUCACUUGUUUCCUGAGUUGCUGUUUCUGGGGACUGCGAAGCUAUACCGGCUUGAUCUCAGUGAAAAUCAGAUUCAGGCAAUUCCAAGGAAGGCAUUUCGUGGGGCAGUUGACAUUAAAAAUUUGCAACUGGAUUACAACCAGAUCAGCUGUAUUGAAGAUGGGGCGUUUAGGGCUCUGAGGGACUUAGAAGUGCUAACUCUCAACAAUAACAACAUUACAAGACUUUCGGUGGCAAGUUUCAAUCAUAUGCCUAAGCUUAGGACUUUUCGACUCCAUUCCAACAACCUGUACUGUGACUGCCAUCUGGCCUGGCUCUCUGACUGGCUGCGCCAGAGACCCCGGGUGGGCCUUUACACACAGUGUAUGGGCCCAUCCCACCUGCGGGGACAUAACGUAGCCGAGGUGCAAAAGCGAGAAUUUGUCUGCAGUGGUCACCAGUCAUUUAUGGCUCCUUCUUGUAGUGUUUUACACUGUCCGGCUGCUUGUACCUGUAGCAACAAUAUCGUGGAUUGCCGAGGGAAAGGGCUCCCUGAGAUUCCCACAAAUCUGCCUGAGACCAUCACAGAAAUACGUUUGGAGCAAAACUCAAUCAAGGUGAUCCCUCCUGGAGCUUUCUCCCCAUAUAAAAAACUUAGAAGAAUUGACCUGAGCAAUAAUCAGAUCUCUGAACUGGCACCAGAUGCUUUUCAAGGACUGCGUUCACUAAAUUCACUAGUUCUCUAUGGAAAUAAAAUCACAGAACUUCCCAAAAGUUUAUUUGAAGGACUGUUUUCCUUACAACUGCUAUUAUUGAAUGCCAACAAGAUAAACUGCCUGCGUGUUGAUGCCUUUCAGGAUUUGCACAACUUGAACCUUCUCUCCUUAUAUGACAACAAGCUUCAGACAAUAGCCAAAGGAACCUUUUCACCUCUUCGGGCCAUUCAAACUAUGCAUUUGGCCCAGAACCCCUUUAUUUGUGACUGCCAUCUCAAGUGGCUGGCGGAUUAUCUCCAUACCAACCCCAUAGAGACAAGUGGUGCUCGCUGCACCAGCCCACGGCGCCUGGCAAAUAAAAGAAUUGGACAGAUCAAGAGCAAGAAAUUUCGUUGUUCAGCUAAAGAGCAGUAUUUCAUUCCAGGUACCGAAGAUUAUCGAUCAAAAUUAAGUGGGGACUGCUUUGCAGACCUGGCUUGUCCCGAGAAGUGCCGCUGUGAAGGAACCACGGUGGACUGCUCCAAUCAGAAGCUUGCCAAAAUCCCAGACCACAUUCCCCAGUACACUGCAGAGCUGCGUCUGAAUAAUAACGAAUUCACCGUGUUGGAAGCCACAGGAAUCUUCAAGAAACUUCCUCAGUUACGUAAAAUAAAUUUUAGCAACAAUAAGAUCACAGACAUUGAAGAGGGAGCAUUUGAAGGCCCUCCGGGAGUCAAUGAAAUCCUUCUCACAAGCAAUCGUUUGGAGAGUGUUCAACAUAAGAUGUUCAAAGGGCUGGAAAGUCUCAAAACUUUGAUGUUGAGAAGUAAUCGCAUAAGCUGUGUAGGAAGUGAUAGUUUCAUAGGACUCAGUUCCGUGCGUUUGCUUUCCUUAUAUGAUAAUCAAAUUACUACAAUUGCACCAGGGGCAUUUGAUACUCUUCAUUCUUUAUCUACUCUAAAUCUCUUGGCCAAUCCUUUCAACUGCAAUUGCUACCUGGCUUGGUUGGGAGAGUGGCUCCGGAAGAAAAGGAUUGUAACAGGAAACCCACGAUGUCAAAAGCCAUAUUUCCUCAAAGAAAUCCCCAUCCAGGAUGUUGCCAUUCAAGAUUUCACUUGUGAUGAUGGAAAUGAUGACAAUAGCUGUUCGCCUCUGUCUCGAUGUCCUACUGAAUGUACAUGCUUGGACACAGUGGUUCGGUGUAGCAACAAGGGUCUAAAGGCCUUGCCCAAAGGUAUUCCAAGAGAUGUCACUGAAUUGUAUCUGGAUGGGAACCAAUUUACACUUGUUCCCAAGGAGCUCUCAAAUUACAAACAUUUAACACUGAUAGACUUGAGUAACAAUCGAAUCAGCACUCUUUCCAAUCAGAGCUUCAGCAACAUGACUCAACUCCUUACCUUAAUUCUUAGUUACAACCGUUUGAGAUGUAUUCCUUCACGAACCUUCGAUGGACUUAAAUCGCUUCGAUUACUUUCUUUACAUGGAAAUGAUAUUUCUGCUGUACCUGAAGGCGCUUUUAAUGAUCUUUCUGCCUUAUCACACCUAGCCAUUGGUGCCAACCCUCUUUACUGUGACUGUAACAUGCAGUGGUUAUCCGACUGGGUAAAGUCAGAAUAUAAGGAACCCGGAAUCGCUCGCUGUGCUGGGCCAGGAGAAAUGGCAGAUAAACUGUUACUCACCACACCCUCAAAAAAAUUCACCUGUCAAGGUUCAGUGGAUAUCAGUAUUCUAGCCAAAUGUAAUCCUUGCUUGUCAAAUCCAUGUAAAAAUGAUGGUACCUGUAAUAAUGAUCCUGUGGACUUUUAUCGUUGCACCUGUCCUUAUGGUUUCAAAGGACAAGACUGUGAUGUUCCCAUCCAUGCAUGCAUUAGUAACCCAUGUAAGCAUGGAGGAACUUGCCACUUAAAAGAAGGGGAAAAAGAUGGAUUCUGGUGCAUUUGUGCUGAUGGAUUUGAAGGAGAAAGUUGUGAAGUAAAUGUGGAUGACUGUGAAGAUAAUGAUUGUGAAAAUAAUUCUACCUGUGUUGAUGGAAUUAAUAACUACACAUGCCUAUGUCCACCUGAAUAUACAGGCGAGUUGUGUGAGGAGAAGUUGGACUUCUGUGCCCAGGACCUAAACCCCUGCCAGCAUGACUCGAAGUGCAUCCUGACCCCAAAGGGAUUCAAAUGUGACUGCACACCUGGAUAUGUAGGUGAACACUGUGACAUAGAUUUUGAUGACUGCCAAGAUAACAAGUGUAAAAAUGGAGCCCACUGCACAGAUGCAGUAAACGGCUACACUUGCAUCUGCCCUGAAGGUUACAGUGGCCUAUUCUGUGAGUUUUCUCCACCCAUGGUCCUCCCUCGUACCAGCCCCUGUGAUAAUUUUGAUUGUCAGAAUGGAGCUCAAUGCAUCAUCAGGAUAAAUGAGCCGAUAUGUCAGUGUUUACCUGGCUAUCAGGGGGAGAAGUGCGAGAAAUUGGUCAGUGUGAAUUUUGUAAACAAAGAAUCGUAUCUUCAAAUACCUUCAGCCAAAGUUCGACCCCAAAACAACAUCACUUUUCAGAUUGCCACUGAUGAAGACAGUGGGAUCCUCCUGUAUAAGGGUGACAAAGACCAUAUCGCUGUAGAACUCUACCGGGGACGGGUUCGUGCCAGCUACGACACCGGCUCUCACCCGGCUUCUGCCAUUUACAGCGUGGAGACAAUCAAUGACGGAAACUUCCACAUUGUAGAGCUUCUAACCCUGGAGCAGAGUCUAUCUCUCUCUGUGGAUGGAGGCAGUCCCAAAAUCAUCACCAACUUGUCCAAGCAAUCAACUCUGAAUUUAGACUCCCCACUUUACGUUGGAGGCUUGCCCGGGAAGAGCAACGUAGCUGCAGCUCUACGCCAGGCACCAGGACAGAAUGGCACCAGCUUCCAUGGCUGCAUCCGUAACCUGUACAUCAACAGCGAACUGCAGGACUUCCGCACAGUGCCCAUGCAGACUGGCAUUCUGCCAGGGUGUGAGCCCUGCCACAGAAAAGUGUGUGUCCAUGGCACGUGCCAUGCCAGCAGCCAGUCAGGAUCCACCUGUGUGUGUGAGGAAGGCUGGGCUGGGCCCCUCUGCGACCAGAGCACCAAUGACCCGUGCCUUGGAAAUAAGUGUGUGCAUGGCACCUGCUUGCCCAUCAAUGCUUUCUCCUACAGUUGUAAGUGCCUGGAAGGCCAUGGCGGAGUCCUCUGUGAUGAGGAAGAGGAUGUGUUUAACCCCUGCCAGGCCAUCAAAUGCAAACAUGGAAAAUGCAGGCUCUCGGGCCUGGGGCAGCCUUACUGCGAAUGUAGCAGCGGGUAUACGGGCGACAGCUGUGACCGAGAAAUCUCCUGUCGAGGGGAACGGAUCCGGGAUUACUACCAAAAGCAGCAGGGCUAUGCGGCCUGCCAGACCACCAAGAAGCUGUCCCGCCUGGAGUGCCGUGGGGGCUGCCCGGGGGGCCAGUGCUGUGGGCCCCUGCGGAGCAAGCGACGGAAAUACUCCUUCGAGUGCACAGACGGUUCGUCCUUUGUGGAGGAGGUGGAGAAGGUGGUCAAGUGCGGCUGCACCCGCUGUGCCUCCUAAGGGUGCCCCAGGCCCCUGCUGCUUCAAAGGCCUUGUCUCUUGGUCGACCGCGUGGGGACUCACCAGAUGCUUCCUAGUGGAAAUAUUUGAAAUAUAUUGUAAGAUACAGAACAGACUUAUUUUUAUUAUGAGAAUAGAGACCAUGCUACCCCUGAGUUGGAAAAACAAACAAAACACAGGACAGAUUUGAACUCUAGCUUCUCCCAGGCUCUGGAGUAAGCAGGGGAGUAAAAAUAAAUAAAUAAAUAAGUAAAUAAAUAAAAAAUGAGACCCUGGAGGUGUGGGAAGCGGAGAGAACCACGUAACUUGGGUGUUUAUGCCCCCCACAGAAGCACAGGCACAAAAGGGCUGCCAGCGACCGUGUAUCCCAAAUCCCUGCCUCUCUUCGGCUCCAGGGACAGACCUAACCAAGCACAUGUGUGUGAAUGAGGAUGAAGGCAGAGGUGUGGAACCCCAGUACCCCCAGGUGGGGACCAGCGGGGGGAGCAGAAAUAUUUUUGUGCAAGACUAGAAAGUACCCCGGGUUCCAUUCACAAGAGGAAAUGCUCAAACCAAUCGUUAUCUUCUUUCCACACGUCAGCAUGUUAGCAGAAAGAAGCACAUAGGAGUGUUGAUCUACCGUUUUCCAGUAUUAAUUUCUUUUGUAAUGUAAAUGAUAAAGGAGAUGCUAAGGAACCAAUAGAUUAUGGAUAAAUAAAUUAGUAAUAAUAUGAAUUUUUGUUUCUAUGAGCUCUAAACAGCCCUAUCAGUAUUCAGUUUCCAUGAGAAAUAUUUAUUGUAUCAGAGUACAUUGUACUUAACAUUUUAGGCCAUCUUUUUUUUUAUUUUGCUGUUUCUUGAUGCUUUAAUAUAUAUUAAUUUAUGAUUGUCCUGAUAUUUUUGUACAUUUUUCAAACAAAGAAAAAUCAGGAUGUGGGGGGAAGUUUCUUUGGCAAUAGUACUAACAUAGGGUGUUUUCUUGGGAUAAAUGUGUGUUGGUCUGUUGGUUUAACUUGACAUCAGAGGGCUGGGGUGGGGGGUCCGAUGUGCCUAUUCUAGAACCUUUGCAGAGAGGGAUAGAUACCUCAGGUGAGCUGCUGAUUGUAUAGAAGGCCGGACAUCGGUGAUCUAAUCCCCCAGAAUAGAAGUGAUGUGUAGCAGUCAACACUAACUAGUAGAUCUUUUACAAAUGAAGAUUUCCUUGACCUUUUUUUAACCCUUUUAUGGGGAGUGGGAUGGGAAGAGAAAAGGCUGUCAUGUCAAGAACUGUGAUUUUUCUUUCCAAACAAUAAAGCUCCUUUAUGACCUAAA